AUGCGAGCAUUAGCCAUCUACUUGUCUUUCUGUGGUCUUCGUCAGGUCACAACCGACACUAAUCGAGUUAUCCAGCUGUCCAGAACACCGCCGACUGGACUUGGGUUUAUUUGCCCGCACUUCUUUGGCGGAACGGAUCUCCGGCUGGACAUGUUCUUCGUCGGCAAGGCCGUGUAUGUCCAAAUGGACAUGCCGCUGAAACCGAUCUGGGCGGACUGGAUCCGGACGUGGUGCAGAGACCCUUGGCGAAGAGGUACCGUGUCAGUGCGAGGAGAGCAUGGGCUCCUCCAAAUCCGGCGCACGAACGGCGAGGCUGUGGUGGCCUACCGUGCCAUGAGCGAGAUGAUCGAAGCCAAAAAGACGCGCGGUCUUCGAGCUGCGUCUUUGGGCAUCGCCGAGAUUUUCGGACUCACGGCGAAAGAGGACAUCAUACUCCCAGAUGAAGAACUCAUUUGGGAGUGGAAGCUAAACUGCGUGGGACAUUUUACCGACCCAUUCGAUUACACCUCUCUGCUGGUGAUCACGGACUCUCGGCUCCAUGUCGCCCGAGCUCGAUGUCCCAAGCCUCCGAGCUUGCGUGGAAUGCUUCUAGGCCCGCGGACCUGCGGUUUCCGAUGGAUGCAUCUCCAGGAGUGGCUGGGACACCAUGCUGGCCUGACGAUUUCGAGCCUGGCGCACCAUAUGCUUGAGUCAUAUGCCACGACCCGAUCCCGGGCUCCUCCCUUCUGGCCUGGCCUGGGCGCCCCCAUCGAUGGCUUCGGCUUCGUCUUCAUGCCGAAGUUCACGCAGAUUUAUCCCGCAGUGCUGAUCUCAGCGACGUUUCGCGUCAUCUCGCCUGCUGACGCUGAUCACGUGAGGUUGGUGCCCUUGGGGCGCUUCUCGUGUCGAGGCAUGUGUGGCGUGUGCAACUGGGGUGUGUUGGGCGCCGGCGUGUUGGGAAUGGGUGAGGCUGCAAAGGCGGAGGAACUGGCCAAGAACAGGGCCAAGCAGAAAGCCAAGGACUUGAAGAAGAAGGCCAAGGGUAAGCAGCCGAAGAAACAGCCGAAGAAGCAGAAGAAGAGUAAGAAGAGGACCCGGACCAGGGAACAAGAAACAGCAAAGAAAAGGCGACAAAGGAACAGGAGAAGGGAGAAGGAGAAGAAAGAGAAGGACCUGGCGAGGCGAAAGAAACAAGAGGAGAGGAAGGCAGCCUUGAAGCUAAAGUGGAAGAUCAAGUACCAGGCCGAGAAGGAGGUGAGGAAGAGGAGGAGGGAUGAAAUGAAGGCCAGGGACCGGGCUGAGAGGACAUCGGCUGGCUACACGAGCAGUUUGACCCAGUGGGCAUGA